UUGCUCGAAGAAAGAAAGAAAAAAAAGAAAAAAACAGAGAGAAGAUCCUCACUCGAGUUUCCUUCUGUUCAUGCCACCUCGCCCAGUCACCACCACCGUCACCUUCACUUUCUCUCCAAACCUCUGACGCCUUCACUCACUUUCCCGGUAGAAUAGCCAAACGAAGCAGAAUCAGAAUCCAUGGGCCGGAACUCUUCGGCUCCUCCGCCCAUCCUCGACGACAAUGGCGGUGCCGGCGGUAACGAUCUAGGCUUCCACUCGAUUCGCGAUCGUUUUCCAUUCAAACGGAACCCUAACCCUAGCCACCACCGCGGCCGGGACCGGAGCUUAGUGGAUCGCGGCCUUUCGUCCCUGCGCCACCGACCGCAUCACCGCUUCUACCGCAAGGGAGGAAAGUCGGCGUUCUAUUCCGUCCUCAUCUUCGUCCUGUUCGGCUUCGCGGCGGCGACGAUGCUGUUGCAGAGCUCCAUGACUUCGGUCUUCAGGCAAGGGAGUGAGAGAGGGCGGUUGUUGAGGGACGGCUUGAAGUUCGGGAGCACCUUGAGGUUUGUGCCUGGAAGGGUUUCUCAGAGGUUCGUCCAGGCUGAUGGGCUCGACGGGGCUCGGAACGAGCCCAGGAUUGGUGUCCGGCCGCCGAGGCUAGCGCUUAUCUUGGGAAACAUGAAGAAGGAUCCACAUUCCUUGAUGUUGAUUACUGUGAUGAAGAAUAUCAAGAAAUUGGGUUAUAGGCUGAAGAUAUUUUCCACAGCGAAUGGUAAAGCACGUAAAAUGUGGGAGGAACAUGGUGGGCCAAUAUCCAUUUUAGCUCCGGAGAAAUACAGCCUUAUUGAUUGGUCAAUUUUUGAAGGUCUUAUUGUUGACUCCCUUGAAGCAAAAGAACUCAUUUCAAGUCUUAUGCAGGAGCCUUUUUGUUCAGUACCACUGAUAUGGAUAAUUCAAGAAGAUACACUUGCCAAGCGUCUACCAUCGUAUGCGGAAAUGGGCUGGACACAUCUUGUUUCUCAUUGGAAAAGUGUUCUUAGCAGAGCUAAUGUUGUGGUGUUUCCAGAUUUCACUUUGCCGAUGUUAUACAGUGUCCUUGACACUGGAAACUUUUUUGUCAUUCCUGGAUCCCCUGUCGAUGUUUGGGCUGCCGAAAGCUACAGUAAAACCCACUCCAAGAAUCAAUUGAGGAAGAACAACAGAUUCAGUGAAGAUGAUAUGUUGGUUCUAGUUGUCGGAAGUUCUUUUUUCUUCAAUGAGCUUUCAUGGGACUAUGCUGUAGCGAUGCAUUCUAUAGGACCACUUCUAAUAGAAUAUGCAAGGAGGAAAGAUGCAGAAGGGUUGUUCAAAUUUGUUUUUUUAUUUGGUAAUUCAUCCGAUGGAUAUGAUGAUGCAUUCCAGGAAGUUGCUUCACGUCUAGGACUUCUUCAAGGUUCUGUAAGGCAUUACGGCUUGAAUGAUGACGUCAAUAGUGUGUUAUUAAUGGCAGAUAUUGUUCUCUAUGGUUCUUCACAAGAUGUACAGGGUUUUCCUCCAUUGCUUAUCCGUGCCAUGACUUUUGGAAUCCCAGUUAUUGCACCUGAUUUUCCUGUCCUGAAGAAAUAUUUAGUCGAUGGAGUUCACACAGUAUUUUUUCCAAGACAUGAUCCUGAUGCUUUACUGAAGGCAUUCUCGCAAAUGAUUUCAAACGGGAAACUUUCUAAGUUUGCUCGAACAGUUGCUUCCUCUGGAAGACUGAUUGCUAUGAACCUGCUUGCAUCAGAAUCCAUAACUGGUUAUGCAAGGCUUCUGGAGAGUGUACUAAAUUUUCCAUCAGAUGCUCUGCUGCCAGGUCCAUUCUACCAGCUUCAACAGGGUACAUGGGAAUGGAAUUUGUUCGGGAGUGAAAUAGAUUAUGGUACUGGAAACAUUAAUGAGAAUCAGGCAUCCGUGGAAAACUCUUCUGUUAUUCAUUCUCUUGAACAAGAGUUUUCCGGAUUUUCUUACUCAACAAACACCUCUGAGAAUGGAACUGAGAAUUUGGCACGCGAUAAUCCAACUCAACUAGAUUGGGACAUCUUGAGGGAAAUUGAACUUUCUGAAGAAUAUGAGAGGCUAGAAAUGGAGGAGCUAGCAGAAAGAAUGGAGAGUGAUCCUGGUCAAUGGGAUGACAUAUAUCGUAAUGCCCGAAAAGCUGAAAAGCUUAAGUUUGAAGCAAAUGAGAGGGAUGAGGGGGAACUUGAGAGGACAGGCCAGCCAGUGUGCAUUUAUGAGAUAUACAUUGGAUCCGGGAGCUGGCCAUUCUUGCACCAUGGUUCAUUGUACCGUGGGCUAAGUCUUUCUACAAAAGCACGAAGAUCAAAAUCAGAUGAUGUGAAUGCCGUUGACCGGCUUCCCGUAUUGAAUGAAACUUACUAUCGUAAUGUUCUCUGUGAGAUUGGAGGAAUGUUUGCUAUUGCAAACAAGGUGGAUAACAUUCAUAAACGACCUUGGAUUGGGUUUCAGUCUUGGCGUGCUGCUGGUAGAAAGGUAUCUUUGUCCAAGAAAGCUGAAAGAGUUUUGGAACAAGCAAUUCAAGACAACACGAAAGGAGAUGUGAUAUACUUUUGGUCAUGCUUGAACAGGAAUGGUGGGGUUACAGGAAGCAAAGAUGCACUCACUUUUUGGUCCGCAUGUGACAUCUUGAAUGAGGGGCAUUGCAGAAAUAUUUUUGAAGAUGCAUUUCGCUUGAUGUAUGUCUUGCCGUCUAAUGCUGAAGCUCUUCCUCCCAUGCCAGAGGAUGGUGGUCACUGGUCUGCCUUGCAUAGCUGGGUGAUGCCAACUCGCUCCUUCCUUGAGUUCGUGAUGUUUUCUCGGAUGUUUGUUGAUUCGCUUGAUGCAUUGCACACCAACUCUACCAAGAGAAAUAUCUGCCUGUUGGGUUCUUCGGAACCUGAGCAAAGACAUUGUUACUGUCGGGUGUUAGAACUUCUUGUCAAUGUCUGGGCUUAUCAUAGUGCACGAACGAUGGUUUACAUAGAUCCGCUCUCGGGUUCACUGGAAGAGCAGCACCCAGUUGAGCAACGCAAAGGAUUCAUGUGGGCAAAAUAUUUCAAUAGUACGUUACUGAAGAGUAUGGAUGAAGAUUUAGCAGAAGCAGCAGAUGAUGGUGACCAUCCGAGGGAGAUGUGGUUGUGGCCAUUAACUGGGGAAGUGCAUUGGCAAGGAAUUUAUGAGAGGGAGAGGGAAGAGAGAUAUAGGCUAAAGAUGGACAAGAAAAGGAAAACAAAAGAGAAAUUGUUUGAAAGAAUGAAGUAUGGAUACAAGCAGAAGACGCUUGGGGGAUAGAAAGUCUAGUAUGCGAUUGAAAUACUCUAAUUCUCAUUCCAAUUCCAACUCCCUCCAGUUAUCAGUCAUCUACUGAUCUUGCUAUUUCUCAACUUGGGAGAGGGAAAAGAUUCUCGAAGACUGAGGCUAAGCUCUAUUCUUUCUAACAGCAACAGCACGGUUCGUGAAAAGACGGAUUUUUGUUGGUAUUUUUCUCUGACUGAAUAGAUAUACUCAUAGAAGUGGGUGAAAGAUAAAGAAGCUUUCAAGCACUUGCAGCUGACUAGCAUACGAAAGAUUAAACUUCUCAUUUAGAGCGGCAAAGAUGGUACUGAGUUUUUGAGGAGUGCAGAGGACCCAAUAUUCGUUGAAAUUCUUUUUUCACUAGUGAUACAUGUGUAUUUUUUUGACCAUGUUCAUAGAAAAUUUUGAUUAGAAUAAAGCAGUUCCCGACUGUUCUUGUUUUC